AAUAACUGUUUCCCGUUGUUUUUGAUCUGUCACUCGAUAUUGUUGAUUGCUGAUUUAAAUCUAAUGUCAUUUAAAUAUCCAGCCAUAUGCAAGUUAAUUACAACAAGACAUCAUACGAGGACUGGCUGGCACAAAGUUAUGUGAAACAAAUGAGUGGAAAUCAUCACAAUAGACAGGCCGUGACGUGGAGGAAACUCUACCUCAGCAGGGCCAAGCUCAAAGCAUCAAGUUCUACGUCAGCAUUAUUGUCAGGAUUCGCAAUGGUUGCUUUGGUAGAAAUUCAGAUUGAAGAAGAUGUAUCGCCAGCUCUUCUGAUUGUGUUUAGUGUGUGUACCACGUUACUUGUUUCCGUACAUCUCCUGGCAUUGAUGAUCAGUACAUGCAUCUUACCAAACAUAGAGGCAGUCAGCAAUGUACACAAUGUCAAUGCAGUCAACGAAUCUCCACAUGAAAAAAUGAACAUUUUAAUUCAAAUGGCAUGGGCUUUUUCAACAGGACUUGGAAUAUUGUUGUUUUUGACGGAAAUAGUGCUGAUAUGCUGGGUAAAGUUUGACGUGAAGAAAAUCGGAAAUAAUAAAGGAGCAGCAUGGGCGUCAACAGCUGUGGUCAUUCCAGUGGGAGUUAUUUUUAUUAUAUUUUCAUUCCAUUUUUACCGACAGUUAAUUUCACAUAAAGUUGAACAGAAAGCUAAAGAUAUAGAAGAGUUAGCCAGACUGGCCAAUGAUAUAGAUAUGAAUAAUCAUAACAGUGGUGGCAUCCAAAUUGUCUAAAUGUUUUUAUCUAUUUUGUUAUUUUACAUUGAUUUUGUACUUGUUACUUGUUGUUGCAAAAUUUAUUUAAGAAGGCAUUGUUUGAAAUUGUGGGAUUGUUUCCACUAAUUUGUAGAUAUUUAGUACCUUGUACCCAUGGUUACAGUUGUGUAGUAUGAUAUUACUGCUUUGCAUUUUUAAUAUUUGUUACUAUCAUUUCCUUUUUUAACAGGUAUAUGGUGCACUCUGUUGAUUGAAAUUAGAUUUCAAUAUUUAGUGUGCAAAAAUGAUGGUUUUGUGUUUGUGUUUUUUCUGAAGUAAUCUGCCUUAUCAAUGCUUAUAGACCUUUUGUUACAAUUUCCAUGUCCAGUAAGUAUUUUUGCUAUGAAAACUCCCCAUAAGGUUUUAAAUGAUUAUUCUUGUAAAUUUUGCAUUAUUAAGUUACCUCAAGUAGUUCAAUACUGGGCAUCAAAGGGCUAACAUGUAUAUGUCAGGUCUUAUGUGUUACUAGUUAUCAGUCUGUACCUACUUGCGCAUGGCCCUAAAUGAUUGACAUUUGUGUUUUUAAACAGCGGAUUAUAAAGAUGAUCAUACAUUUUGUGGUUAGCUUGAUUUGGUAAGGAAAUUAGAUUGUUUAAAAAUGUGUAAAAUCUUUUUAUGAGUUCGUGCACCGAAUAUGUUUAUAUUUUGCCUCAUUUUUGUGAAUAUGAAGAAGACAAAUUUAAUACUUUUAUACUGGUAAUGUAUAAAAUUUUGUGUUCUUAUGAUGUCUUUUGAUUUAUGUACAUUGUCAACUGUAUUACAAAAUUAUUACAAAUUGAGAUAUAUUUUUAUGAGGAUCUGGAUGGGGGUCCUUCGUUUCUGUUUUCUUUAAUUAUUAGGUCAUUUCUCUAUAUUCUUUAUAUUUUUGGUCCAGUUUUCUCUAUUCUUUAUCACUGUUUAUAUUUUAGCACCCCUUUAUUCUGUAUUCUUUAUUUUAUUGGUCCAUUUUUCUCUAUUCUUUAUUAUAUUAGUCCAUUUUUCUCUAUUCUUUAUAUUUUUGCCCAUUAUUCUCUAUUCUGUUAACCCCCAUCCAGACCCUCUUUUAUGUAAAGAAUAUUGAUCAGUUUGCUCAACUAUUUGAGACAACGAAGUAGGAUGCAAUAUAUAUACUGAUGCAUUAUGGGAUAAAGAAAUUUGAUGUCGACUUAUUUUUUUCUUUACCUUUUUAAAUUUUAUUCUCAUAUCUAUUUUUGUUGAAAAAUAGUUUAAGUAGAAAGAUUAAAUUUUACAUAUAUUUUACUACUGCAAACAAGUUAAUAGCUUUAUUCAAACAUUUAUAACAUUGCCUUAUGCUUGCCAAACUCUCCACUAAGUUGACAUAUGUUGUAUUCCUUGAUUAUAACUUUAACAUCCAACACAUUUUUAAAAGCACUUACUCAAAUAACACUAAUUCCAAGGGUUUAACAUUAUAUGACAAGUGGGAACAACUUUUUUAAUAAUUUCGUAUCUGUAAAUAGUAAAAUAUUUCACACUUUACUUGAUUUUAGGCCAAAUAGAAACACUUUUUAUUAGGCCAAAUAAUUUUAUUGGUUUUGCCAAUGUUAAACAGACCAUUGGAAAAAUUUCUCACAGUCGACUUAAAUCUACCUGUCCUGCAAUAAACCUUCAGUCUCUAAUUUCAUUAGAUUAAUUUUCUUAAAUAUUUUUCAACAAGGUUAUUGUCUCAGUAAAUCCCCUGUUUUUCUCUAGUUUAGGUUCAAGAAAUAUGUCUACUAGUCUUGCUACUAACUCCAGUUAAACUGAACAAUUAAUGUGAUUAUAAUAAUAUAGAAAUUUAAAAACUUAAAAAAUCAAUCAAUCAAUCUUAUUGUAAGACUAGAUAAUAAUUAUUUCCCUUUUGAAUAGAUCUCACACUGAUUAUAUUUAAAAUGGAAAGAAAAAUAAGAAUUUUCCCAUGUAUCAUGUGUAUAUUUGAUAUGUUCCCAUGUAUCAUGUGUAUAUUUGAUAUGUUCCCAUGUAUCAUGUGUAUAUUUGAUAUGUUCCCAUGUAUCAUGUGCAUAUUUGAUAUGUUCCCAUGUAUCAUGUGUAUAUUUGAUAUGUUCCCAUGUAUCAUGUGUAUAUUUGAUAUGUUCCCAUGUAUCAUGUGUAUACUCUAGGGAUUACAGUCAGUAAAUAAAUAGCAUUGCAAAGUGCAAAAUCUUUAAUAAGAAAAGCAUUCCAGAAAUUUAUCAUUCGUUUUCUUCAAAAAUGGGAAAUGAUAACUGAUAUUAGUUUUCAAUGUCCACCUCUGUUAUAGUAAUGUUUUUCUACAAUUCUUUGUGUAUAGCAUACUAUGUAAGUUAUUUCAUUGAAUAUUGUAAAUAUUAUUUAUUUAUAACUCUUCCUAUAUUUCCUGUAAGACAAAUGUGCUGACAGAUUGUACAGAUUUGAUGGUUUAUUGUUGUAAUUUUUUCUUUUAUCUAAUAUUUAACAUUAAAUGUGCCCAACUCUGACAGAUCAUUAAUUUAAGAUAAUGCAUUAAUAUUAUCAUUCUAUCAUGUUUAUCUUUUCUUUAUCUUGUAAUAUUUUAUUAUGAAAGAUACUACUUGUUAGAUUCAUGUUAAUUUUGUGGUGAAAAAUGAAAUUUUUAAAUAUGUCUCCUGUUUACGAUAAAAAAAGAUAGACAAAAAUUGUUUUCUCUUUCUAUUGUAAAAUAUCUAUCAAUUUGGUAUUUAAACACAGUUUUGAGCUAUGAAGAAUUUAUAGACAACAUCAUUGAAGUUAAUCUCUAUCAAGAAUUUGUUUUGGAAAGUUAAUAUUUCAAGUGGUCAAUUGAUGUACAUGUCCCUGAUAAAAGGACAUUUUCCUUGAGAUUAUAAGUACUUAACUAAAGAUAUAUCAGAUAAUAAAGGCUGAUUGUCACUUUAAACAUCGUAAGGACAGAAGAUAUAUCAGAUAAUAAAGGCCGAUUGUCACUUUAAACAUCGUAAGGACUAAAGAUAUAUCAGAUAAUAAAGGCUGAUUGUCACUUUAAACAUCGUAAGGACAGAAGAUAUAUCAGAUAAUAAAGGCUGAUUGUCACUUUAAACAUCGUAAGGACUAAAGAUAUAUCAGAUAAUAAAGGCUGAUUGUCACUUUAAACAUCGUAAGGACUAAAGAUAUAUCAGAUAAUAAAGGCUGAUUGUCACUUUAAACAUCGUAAGGACUAAAGAUAUAUCAGAUAAUAAAGGCUGAUUGUCACUUUAAACAUCGUAAGGACUAAAGAUAUAUCAGAUAAUAAAGGCUGAUUGUCACUUUAAACAUCGUAAGGACAGAAGAUAUAUCAGAUAAUAAAGGCCGAUUGUCACUUUAACCAUUGUAAAAGACUAAUGUACAUGUACCUACAAAUAAACCGGAAAACUAAUUUUACAAAUUUUGACUUUUACACUUUUUGAGGAGUUCAUGUUCAAUUUAUGAGAUAUAAUUAUAAGUUCUAUAUAAUGCAUUGAAAUUCUGGGUUGAUAAAGUACUGUAAAAUUUAGAAAUUGUUGCGAGGUUUUCAUUAAUGCGAAGAAUGUGACAGGGUGAUGAUCGCAAUAAUAAGAACUUGCAUUCCGAUAUCUAAUGCAUAUACCUGUAUGCAGAUUUUCCCUAAAUUGCAAUAAUUAAUCUUGCAUUUUUGUCCAUUCUUCAAAAAUCGCAAUAAUACAUGUACACAAUUAAUUGCUGAAUUUACAGUAACUGAGUCCAUUGGAUGCUUAUCAUUACUUACUUAGUGGACACUGGAAAUUUUACUGGAAAGUCCAAAGUUAAAUACUUUAAACCAACUAAUUUAGCAAAACAUUUAUUUACCUGAUUUAGCAAGUAGGAAAAUAACAGGAGUAGUUAUUGUCAUGAUAAUUUCAAACUUUCAUCUUCAAGUAAAUUUAUAAAGUAAAUGGUCAAAUGAUUAAUUAGUAAGGACUAGAUGCAGAAAAGGUUUUCGUAAAAAUAGAUUUAUUACAUCUAUUUUGUCAGUUUAUUAUCGACUUAUGAGUUUGAAUGUCUAUUUGAUAUCUUUCGCGUUCUUUUACAGUAUUUGAAAAAAAUUAGAUAUUACUUUCCUUGUUCAAUAUGAAAAUAAGGAGAUAUGGUAUUAUUACCAAUAAGACAUUAUCCACCAAAUACAAAGGGACGUGGAUGUAAGCAACUAUAGGUCACAGCACUGCCUUCAACAAUACAAAGAAACAGACAUCAUUCGAAAUUUCAUAAAACCCUUAAAAAGCUUCAAAUACAUGUGUUUUUGUAAAGUCUCUAAACAAUUAUUUUCUAAAUUCUUAUAUUUGAAUCUAAAGCAUAGUAAAAUGAUGUGGUAUGUGGAAAUGACAAGAAGUGUGUGUAGAUUUUAUGUAUCCUUUCUAUUGUUUUGAGUGGUUGAUGAAAAGCAAUGCUUUGUUUUAUAUUUAGUGCAUGUAUUUUAUUCUGUGAAUGAAGAAAAUAUGUUUCUUAGAUUUCAGUCGAGAAAGAAAAUAUAAAUAUUCUUUUGGUAAGCUUUGUUGUUGGAUUGUACCUUUAAAGCUUCCCUCAUGCAUCUUUUAUUCAUUCUUACAUUCUAUUUAACAAGCAAAGAGGAUACAAAUAUUUCAUGAAAGUUAAAAGGCAUUUCCUUAGUAGUUUUCCAUAAUAUCAGCUCUUUCUUUCAUUUUUUAACACAUACAGUUACUUGUUUUUAAUUGUGGUACAUAAGUUAAGGUGGAUUUAUUUUCAUGGAUAUCAGUUUUCGUAGAUUGAGGAAAAACUAUAUAUAUUUUCAAGAAUAUUUAAUUUUCUGGUUUUGCCAGUCUCCACACAAGCCUAUAUAUAGAGAAUGUAUACUUCAUUGAACAUUUAAAUUCCUGAUUUACCUAUACCCACAAAAUCCACCUAAAUUGGCAUCCAUCCCAUAAUAAUAAAUCCACAGUAUGUUUUAAUUUGUAAUAUUCAUUUAUGAAUCAGAAUAUGUUACUUUAAUCAUGAAAAACAUAAAUUAUUGUUUAAUGUUUUGUAAUAACACAGUUCAUACUGUUUAUAAAAAGUAAAAGAAACUAUCAUUCAA